AUGGGAAAUCGAUUCUUGGUACUCGAAACUCCAUACUAUCACCUAUAUGCGCAAAUAGCCAAGCUUUUGGAAAUGCAAGCCCAGGCUCAAUUAGAGAGGGAUUUAGCUGAGGCUGAGCAUCAAGCUUCAAUGGUGGCAAGAGAAAGUAAUGGUGCAAAUUGGUAUAUUGAUACUAAGGGCGGUUACCUGUAA